AUGGACUCUCAGACACCAGACGGCAGUGCUGGGGUGUUCGGGGUGGAAGCGGCGGCCCUGGGAUCCCCCCGCUCCUCCCCGCGGGCCCCGCCGCUUCCGCUCGUCCUGGAGCGGUCCGGAGAGCCAGGACGCACCGCCAGAGCUCUAUGUCGCCGACCCCACCCCCUCUGGAACCUUCUGCUCCUUCUGUGGACCCUCCUGAACUGUGGUUUGGGGGGCAGUGCUCAGGGUCCAGGAGAGUGGACACCAUGGGGUUCCUGGAGCCGCUGUUCCAGCUCCUGUGGGCAGGGGCUCUCCGUACGAAGUCGGCACUGCAUCCGGUUUCCCAGGGAAGAGCUGUGCUGGGGGGACUCCCAUGAGUACCGCCUUUGCCAGUUGCCGGACUGUCCUCCAGGGGCCAUGCCCUUCCGAGACCUCCAGUGUGCCCUCUACAAUGGCCACCCUGUCCUAGGCCCCCAGAAGACUUACCAAUGGGUGCCCUUCUAUGGUGCGCCUAACCAGUGCGACCUCAACUGCUUGGCUGUGGGCCAUGCCUUUUACCACAGCUUUGGCCGUGUCCUGGACGGCACUCCCUGCAGCUGGGGCAGCCAGGGACUCUGCGUGGCUGGCCGCUGCCUGAGAGCCGGCUGUGACGGUUUGAUGGGCUCGGACGCCCGCGAGGACCACUGCGGCCGCUGCGGCGGCUCCAACGACUCGUGCCUCUUCGUGCAGCGCGUGUUCCGCGACACCGGAGCCUUCGCCGGAUACUGGAACGUGACCCUGAUCCCCGAGGGCGCCAGACAUAUCUACGCCGCCCAUCGGAGCCGAAACCACCUGGCGCUGAUCGGGGGCGACGGGCGCUACGUGCUCAACGGCAACUGGGAGGUCAGCGCGCCCGGGACCUACGAGGCGGCGGGCACCCGCGUGGUCUACACCCGCGCCGCGGGGCCGGAGGAGACGCUGCGGGCCGCUGGACCCACGUCCCAGGACCUGCUCCUGCAGGUCCUCCUGCAGGAGCCCAAUCCCGGCAUUGAGUUCGAGUUUUGGCUCCCCCGGGAGCGCUAUGACCCUUUCCAGAAGCAGGCACAGGCCCUGGGCUGGUCCCUGAGGCAGCCACAGCCUCUGGAGGUGGAAACUCAGUCCCCUGGGCCCCACGAAGCUUCAGUUGCUUUCCCCACACAGACCCCAAACCCCACCCGAGAUCCCUGCCCACCCUGUCCUGACACCCGUGGUCGUGCCCACCGACUGCUCCACUAUUGCGGCAGUGACUUUGUGUUCCGGGCUCGAGUGCUGGGCCACCUCCGCCAGGCCCAGGAGACCCGCUAUGAGGUGCAUGUGCAGCUUGUCUACAAGAACCGCUCGCCACUGCAGGCCUUCGAGUAUGUGUGGGCGCCUGGCCGCUGCCCCUGCCCACCAAUGGCCCUCCAUGGAGAGUACCUGCUGGCUGCCCAGCGCCUUGUCAGCCCCGAUGGCACUCAGGACCGGCUGCUGCUGCCCCAUGCUGGAUAUGCCCGGCCCUGGAGCCCUGCUGAGGACAGCCGUGCACGCCUGGCUGCCAGACAUUGCCCUGUCUGA